AUGGCGUCUAAAAGCAAUCCCAAAAGUUCGAAGGACCAGGUUUUAGAUUUAGUGUUUGCCUUUUAUAAAGAGUCUGGAGAGCAAGAUGUUCUCUCAUCAGAGGCAUUGGCAUUGCUGGAGGGUCUUCGUUAUUGUCAGGACAACAAUCUCUCGGGAGUCAUAGCGGAAAUGGAUUCUAGUACUUUAGUGAAUCUCGUGUCCUCUAAGAUGACAUCUUGCUGGCCAUUAUGUAACACUAUUAGGCAUAUUCAGUUCUUGGUGGCAAAUUUACGGGUGUCUUUGGUUCACACGUUCAAAGAAGCAAAUGCGGUUGCUGACGCUUUGGCCUCCUCGGACCUACGAGCGGAUGUCCGCUUCUUGAGUGAAAUAGCUCUCCCUUCUAAAGUUCGGGCACUUUUGCAGUUAGAUAGGUUGUCAACUCCGUACGUGAGA